CCCAGUCUAGUUUGGAACUCCUGGGCUCAAGUGAUUCGCCUACCUCUGCCUCCCCGAGUGCUGGGAUUACAGGCACGAGAUAGGGAGCCCGGCCUAGGCACUUUCUAUUCUAAACACUUUCCAUUGAUUAUCGUAUUUAAUCCUAACAACGCUCCAUUUUAUAGAUGAGGAAACAGGCCUAGAAAGAGAGCUAGAAAGGGUCACACAGCUAGAAACUGGCACAGCCGGAUUCCAAACCAGUUACCCAGGCAAUGUGGCUCCAGUCCAAAUAACCCCGCCAAACUCCCAGGGAUCGCAGACCUUGCGGGUUAUCGGGCUGGAGACCCACCCGUGCAGAGGACUUUUAUGGGCAUUUCCUGGUCCUUCCUGCACCAGGCAGGAAGGUGCACCGCCACUGCUCGGGAAGAAUGCCGAGCUACAUGCCACCCCAGGCCUAGCACCACGAGCAUGGGCCAGGGCACCUCGGGACCACUCAGGCUUCCGAGGGGGAAGGUAGAUGGGGACGUGGCUGAGAAUCUUGAAUCACCCAAGAGCGAGGUGUGCCGAGGCGCUAUGCAAAUAACGUGCCUUUUAUUGGGCACUGGCUGUCUCUGAACCCGGAGUCCCGCCUCUGCCCUCUCUCGAAGAAAUGGUCAGACUUUUUGCAAACGCCUUGAAGGGUGGAAUUAGCAGCGAGCUCUUGAAACUGCCUCUGGAGAUGGAACCCAGCGGAAUUCUCGAAGAGAAGAAGGACAUUAAAAAGAGGGGUGCAUGUAUUGAUUUCCAAGCGCAGUUUGUCCAUGUUAGUCUUGCACGUGCUUGACUCCAGUCAGCCACCGUAGGCCCCGCCACCGGCAGUGCACUUUCCGUCGAUCCGGUAGCUUCGCGCUUGCUCACGAACUUGCCUGCCUAGCUGGCGCACCCAGCCCCUCCUUCCAUUCCGUCUCCCCCCUGCGCAGCCUCUGCCAGCCGGCACUGCGCAUGCUUUCUGACGCCCACUUUGGUCCAGCGUGGGAGGAGGGGAUGGAAAUGAGGUUGGGCCGAGCAGCUCGCGCGCGCUCCCUUCCCUGCCCUCCCCCGACGCCGGACGCGCGCCGGGCGGUGCAGCUUCGCUGGUCCGAGGGCAGUGCAGCAGCAGCGGCAGCGGCUGCGGCCGUGGCCGCGGCGGGAGGAGCCCGAAGCCCCGCCCCCGGGGAGGGGCCGUCCUGCAGGUGAGGGGGCAGGGAUUCGGGCGCGGAUACUGGCUUGCAGGCUGAAUGCCAGAAUCACCCCGAGGGAGAACGGUUGUGGUCCGGACGCCUAGAUUCUGGAGGGGCUGUGCAUUGGUGCCUGAGCCUCGGGAGGGUGCAUCGAUGCUUGAAUGUCUGAUUCGGAAGGGUGCAUUGACUCCUUUACGCUUGGGACUCUGAGAGAGAAGUCAAUUAGGGGUCUCUGGACCGCGACACAUGCCAGGUUCCUUACGUAUCUUCCUCCAGGUCCCCCCUCUAUCCUCCAAGGCCCCAUCCAAGCCAGGGAUGAAAUUUAACGGCAAGAAGGACGCAGUUGACGCGGCGUCAAUGAACUAAGUCAAAAGCCGGGUAAAGCUAGGUCUUCGACGUGAAGCCUCGCCCACUGUGCUCAUAGGCCCCUCCCCUGGGACGGUGAUGAAAGACCUGCCCACUCCGCUCGAAGGCCCCCGCCUCCUGGGUCUAGUUUCAGAACAACAGACUUUGGUCCUAUUUGUACAGCUCCGCCCAUUCCAGGACUGCAGGGUCUGGUGGGGAAGGUCCCGCCCACUCUGCGCACAGGCCCCGCCCGCUCCGCGCUCAGGGCGGUCGCUGAGUUAGUUGUGGAGACCCCGCCCACUCUGCUCAAACACUUCAACCCUGGGUUUAGACAGCGAAGGGACUGCCUCUGGCUUGAAUUUGCAUAGCCCCGCUCACUGUGCUCUUAGGCUCCGCCCAACCGCUAAGCCCGCCCUCGCCUUAGCAUCCCAUACUUACAGACCUUGCUCCUAAACAGUCUGAUCCCUCAUUUUAGGCCCUCCAACCCUAUCCCCAUCAGGCUGGUAAUCACCGCCGUCACCCCCAACCCCGCGCCCUGCCCCUAGGUUCCUGUGCCAGCAAGAUGCUGGAGCGAGGCGCGGAGUCCGCGGCCGGGGCCACCGAUCCUAGUCCCACUGGCAAGGAACCGGUAACCAAAGAAGCUCCCCACCAGGGCCCACUGCAGAAGCCCAGCCAGUCAGCUCCAGGGCCCACCGCGUCCGCGAGCGCGCCUCCCAGGCCUCGCCGGCGGCCCCCGCCCCAGCGCCCGCACCGCUGUCCCGACUGUGACAAGGCCUUCUCGUACCCGUCCAAGCUGGCCACGCACCGCUUAGCACACGGCGGCGCCCGACCCCACCCAUGCCCAGACUGCCCCAAGGCCUUCUCCUACCCCUCCAAGCUGGCAGCCCACCGCCUCACGCACAGCGGCGCCCGCCCGCACCCGUGUCCACACUGCCCGAAGGCCUUUGGCCACCGCUCCAAGCUGGCGGCUCACCUCUGGACCCACGCACCCACCCGCCCCUACCCGUGCCCCGACUGCCCCAAGUCCUUCUGCUACCCUUCCAAGCUGGCGGCCCACCGCCACACGCACCACGCCACCGAUGCCCGCCCCUAUCCUUGCCCGCAUUGCCCCAAGGCUUUCUCAUUUCCCUCCAAGCUGGCUGCCCAUCGCCUAUGUCACGACCCCCCAACCGCACCCGGCAGCCAGGCGACGGCCCGGCACCGAUGCUCCAGCUGCGGCCAGGCCUUUGGCCAGAGACGCUUACUGCUCCUUCAUCAACGCAGCCACCACCAGGUGGAGCACAAAGGGGAGAGAGACUGAGCCCUCCCUUGGCUCACUGUCCCCCUCUGCCGCCAGCCCUCGCCAGUAAGAGGUGGGAUUUCUAAAACAGACCGUAUGAGCUCCCUCUUCCAGAUAGCUGGCAGAGGGCAAGGCAAGGGAUUGGCCAUUUAUACUGGGCUCGAACUCAGAAGCCCGAGGAACUCUUUGCUCCCCUGCUUUGGGGAGAUCUCAAACCAUGGACAUGGAGCUGUGCUUUGACAGCCCUGGCUCUGCUUCUCCCCACGCACUUACAUGGCAAAGGUAAAAAGUCUGCUACUAUUGUGGGUUGAUGAGGAUUGUGGGUAAACAGGCUCUCUUGUUGUUAAAAGUUUAAAUUGGUGUCUCCACUUUGGCCAUAUGACUGUAUCUAAGAAACUGAAAAUACAUGCUUGUCUCAACUC